UCCAUGGCGGUAGGUGCUGACAGCUUCAGAAGGGUACUAACAGGGCCAAGAGAAAAGCGCCCUGAGAUGCUCAGCUACGGUGCUCUUACGAGAUGAAAAGCACAUGGGGUUCAGAUCUGCACUUCAUCAUCUUUCACUAAGGUUCUAACUGAAAACCCAAACCAAGAAAUAGCAACACGUCCAGAAUUCUUACUACUCCAAAACUCACCUAGAUCCCUAAGGGCACAGCAAAGAAUGAGCUAUUACGGCAGCAGCUAUCAUAUUGUCAAUGUGGACGCAAAAUACCCAGGCUACCCACCAGAGCACAUUAUAGCUGAGAAGAGAAGAGCAAGAAGACGAUUACUUCACAAAGAUGGCAGCUGUAAUGUCUACUUCAAGCACAUUUUUGGAGAAUGGGGAAGCUAUGUGGUUGACAUCUUCACCACGCUUGUGGACACCAAGUGGCGCCAUAUGUUUGUGAUAUUUUCUUUAUCUUAUAUUCUCUCGUGGUUGAUAUUUGGCUCUGUAUUUUGGCUCAUAGCCUUUCAUCAUGGCGAUCUAGUAAAUGAUCCAGACAUCACACCUUGUGUUGACAACGUCCAUUCUUUCACAGGGGCCUUUUUGUUCUCCCUUGAGACUCAAACCACUAUAGGAUAUGGUUAUCGCUGUGUUACUGAAGAAUGUCCUGUGGCCGUGCUCAUGGUGAUCCUCCAGUCCAUCUUAAGUUGCAUCAUAAAUACCUUUAUCAUUGGAGCUGCCUUGGCCAAAAUGGCAACUGCUCGAAAGAGAGCCCAAACCAUCCGUUUCAGCUACUUUGCACUUAUAGGCAUGAGAGAUGGGAAGCUUUGCCUCAUGUGGCGCAUUGGUGAUUUUCGGCCAAACCACGUGGUAGAAGGAACAGUUAGAGCCCAACUUCUCCGCUACACAGAAGACAGUGAAGGGAGGAUGACGAUGGCAUUUAAAGACCUCAAAUUAGUCAAUGACCAAAUCAUCCUGGUCACCCCGGUAACUAUUGUCCAUGAAAUUGACCAUGAGAGCCCUCUGUAUGCCCUUGACCGCAAAGCAGUAGCCAAAGAUAACUUUGAGAUUUUGGUGACAUUUAUCUAUACUGGUGAUUCCACUGGAACAUCUCACCAAUCUAGAAGCUCCUAUGUUCCCCGAGAAAUUCUCUGGGGCCAUAGGUUUAAUGAUGUCUUGGAAGUUAAGAGGAAGUAUUACAAAGUGAACUGCUUACAGUUUGAAGGAAGUGUGGAAGUAUAUGCCCCCUUUUGCAGUGCCAAGCAAUUGGACUGGAAAGACCAGCAGCUCCACAUAGAAAAAGCACCACCAGUUCGAGAAUCCUACACAUCAGACACCAAUGCGAGACGAAGGUCAUUUAGUGCAGUUGCCAUUGUCAGCAGCUGUGAGAACCCUGAGGAGACCACCACUUCUGCCACACAUGAAUACAGGGAAACACCUUAUCACAAAGCUCUCCUGACUUUAAACAGAAUCUCUGUAGAAUCCCAAAUGUAGUCCUAAAUUGCGAUUAUGAGGGCUACCACUCAAUCAUUUUAUCUUCCAGCCCAUCAAGUCAUUGUAAAUACGGCUUUUUUGAAAGUGUUAUAGCUAUGUUUUAUGAUGAGGCUGGGUAAGUAGAGUAAGUUAAACUUGGUAAAAGAUAAUCUAAAAAUUCCAUAGUUCUCAGUUAUUAAAAUUUUUCUUGCUAGCCAAUUUUGUAUUAAGAAUGCUAUUAAGAAGCCUAAUUGAUUAAAAUUUAUCUUUUUUAUUAUCUUAUAUACUUGUAUCUUCAGUUGGAGGUGUAGUAUUCAAAAAUGGGGAAUGAAGGCAGAAAGGAGGCUGGAAUAAAGAAAAAUAAAAAGAAGUAAGGCAGCAUAAAUAAUACAUUUUUAAAUAUGUCAACAUUGAUAAUACAAUGAAGAUUUACUAUAAAAAGUAUCAUAUCUAACCAAGAUAUGCAAAAGAUGCAUUCAGUAAGCUGUAAUGUUGAGAAAUGUAAGUGUGAAAUCAGCUCACCAGUUCAAGUCACUAGGUUCGCCACUUGGACUGUUUUGGUUUCAGCGAGCAUAGCGAGUGGCUGUAAGAAAUUGUCCGUGCCACCAGUUCCACUGCCAUUUGCCCAGGUAGUGAUCAAUGAGAGCUAGAAGCGAUUUUUCUCUAACCAAUGAGGCAGAAGAAAAGUUGACAGUAUUUAGAGCAGGAUUUCUCUCUUAAAGUCCCUGGUUGACUCCAACAAAUGGAGACAAGGAACAAGGCAACCACGACCUUGCUAGUUUCUCUGAGAAGAGGACUUUCUAUGUUCAUGUCUCACCUUCUUCCAGGACAUGACCAAGGGACAGGAUCACACAGAUGAGGUGAGGGGAUGGUUAGCAGCGAUAAACAUUCUCAGACCCUUGGAGAGAAACCAUUGCUAGCUUGCUGGUCCCGAAAGAUUGCAACUUUGGCUGCUACAUAAAGGAUAGAACCUUUUUGGGGGGAGGGUGGGGAGGGAGAUAUUUAUUUGUGCCCAGAAGCAGUUAUGUAUGCUUCUUGUCUUGGUUACCGUACAAGACACAAAUGACUCGAGUUGUGGAUUGCAAGAAACUCUUUUAUUAAACUUGGAACAACCAUUUAAAUGAAGGAUUUUGUGAGAUAGAAUUCAAUUAAAGUGAUUUUAAUGCACAGUAAGUGGAUAAUCUGAGUACAAUGAAAUUUCUUAAGUUUUAGAACAUGAGAUAAAGUUGUAUACUCUACUUUCAUGUUAAAAUAUGUUAAUCAUGAUUACUUUAAGCCCACAUCCACCGAGUAAAGGGUCACUUUAAACUUUAUAAAUCAAAGAGAUAUUAGGAACAUUCAGAAUUAUUUAUGUUUUGUUUUUGUUUUACAUUGUUGCUGCACUGGCAAUAAGUAUGUGGCACAGUUUUUAUUUGUUUAUUUUAUUUAAAUACACACCCAGACACACACACACACAGUUUUUGCUUUUUCUGGAAAAUCUUUCUCUCUCCAUGUAAAUUAAAACACACAAGUGAAUGAAGUAAUUACAUAGUCCAAGAUUAUAAAUACAAGUAAAAUAUAUAGGUAUAGGUAGAUAGAGUGCCUUUCUGUUUCUUUUCUUUUUUCUUUUUUUGUUUUUCCUUCCUUUCUUCUCUCCUCCCCCUCAUCCUUCCCUUUCUCCUUCUUCCCCCCACUCUUUUUUUUUUGACCUGGGAGUAAUAAAGUUACUUUUUAAAUGCACAUGUGCAAUCUUUUAUUCCUGUUGUUUUAUGGAUAAGAGAUUUGUUUAGGUCAAAAGUUGCAAAACUGUUCUGAAGCUUAAUAUUAGAGACCCAAGUAAGAUUGUUUUUAGUAUUGCUUGUUUUACCUACAUCUAGUUUCAUUUCACCUUGCUUUGCUUUGUUAACUCUGCUACUGCUGAUGUUUGCCUUGUCAAUAUCAGAAUAGGGGCAUCAAUGUCCCGUGAAAUACAUUUUGUUGUGCUAUGAGCCUCUAUAAUCAAAUGCUUCUACUCAGAAGAGAGUGUAAAAUCAGCAUUUCUAUGUAAUAUAUAUCUCUAAUUAUCUGUGUAAUUUUAUAACAUAGUUUGACAACCCUAAUGAGUUGCUUAAUAAUAAAGAUCUUAAAAUAAUGCAAAAA